GGAAACAAUAACAUUGAACACAGCAGAAAAUCCCAACUCCAGACACGUAGCAGCUGGAGGUUUGGAAGAUCACCAUCAUCAUCAACACUCACCUGUGGAUGAAGAACAAAUGAUGAAUCUCUCGGAUAUGGCUGAUCUUUCACAAGAAAUGCAAGAGGGCAUAGUGUCAUUGCCCAAGGAGGUGAUAUUGAUUUCUCUCGUCUCCCAAGAGCAGGCAUUGUAUAAUCCAAAACAUGAAAACUAUCGAAAUACUCAUCGCAAGGAUAUUAAAUGGAUGGAAAUAGCCGAGAAUGUGGGAUGGACGGAGGUACAAUGUAAAGCCAAAUGGAAGGCUAUGCGAGACCAGUAUUGCAGAGAAUUGAAGAGGAGUAAAUUCAAUAACAAGGCCAAUGUCAAGUGGAAGUAUUUUAAGGAAUUGGAUUUUCUAAGGCCUUACGCCUUGGCCAGGAACUAUCGUCCGCGGAAUCCAACACCUCUAAAUAACAAUACCUCCACCAGUAAUAACAACACCCAGAACCAAAAUACAUUUAACUGUGCCCCUGCCACGGAUAACAUGAAUCACAGCGGCGACAACAAUAACGCCAAAUUUGCAACCAUUAAAAUCGAAAGUAAUGCCACGGGAAGCUUUGCAACAUGUGAUUUUUCUACUGUGAAGACAGAUACUGCCACAAAUCUAACCGAGGAACAACUGAAUAAUGUGUUGCAGCAACAAAGUGAUGAUCAUAAUUGGACCUAUAUAACAACAGGAUCCUCUACAUCCUCGAAUAAUAAUUCACGGCUGGAUAAUCAUUCAUUGAGCGAUACAGCCCAUCUACUGUCAUCUCACACUCAUCAUCAGCAGCAACAACAGAAUGAUGAUGCUUUGUACAAUGCCUUGGUUAGCUGUCAGCAGCAGCAACUUUCACAGUCUACCUCAUCAAAUCAGCAACAACAAUCUGUAGCCACAACGACGGUUAUUGAUGAAGAAGAUGACGAUCCCAUACACACAUUUUUAAAUAUUGAAAGUUAUUUUGAAAAGGAAUUGAUUGCCCUAAUACAGCAGGAGGAUGUCCUGUACAAUAGUUAUCAUCCUAAUUACCGAAAUGUUAAACUAAAACUGGAGGUAUGGGAUGAAAUUGCUAGGAAAUUAAAGAAAACCGUAAAGCAAUGUCGCCUCAAGUGGAAAGCCUUAAGAGAUCAGUUCAUUAGGGAACAUAAACGCUUAAAAAAUCGCGAUAAUGUGGAGUCAUUGCCCAGAUGGAAACACUACGAUGCUUUGAGUUUUCUACAAAAGUUUAUUAAGCACAAAGCGGGGGAUUAUGAAAACAAGUCUCUUAUGCAAAUUCCAAAAUCUGAAAUUGAUGGCGAUAUGGACGACGAUGACGAUGAUCAUAUAAAUAUGGGCGGUAGUUCACCACUGGAUAAUAUGAAAUGUGAAAUAAAUCAAAGCCAGUUACAAAUGUCCGAUUUGGAAGGGGUCAACAACAACCAGAGCCUACAUCAACAACAGACGGAACAUCCGGAUGGCUUAUGUGUAACUUCGGGUAGUGUUGGAGGUUAUGACGAUAUGGAUAUCGACAAUUAUAUUAUGGGUGACAGUGAUAGUGUGGUAGAUGAUCACAACAACCAUGACGACGUGGAUGAAGAUGAAGAACGCAAAUCUCAACAGGAUUUCUCAGUAUAUCACACGAAUCACAAUGCAGACGAUGUUAAUAUGCAUUCAACUAAUUUGGAUACUUCAAAUCAGCAGGCAUUUAAAACCACAAGUCCACAGACAUUACAACAAACAUCAACAGGAGUGGCUGAGCAACAACAGUCGCAACAUAUGAAUAUGCCUUCGUUAGAUUUAAGUGAUAGUUCUGGCAAUCUCAUUACACCGGACAAUUUAAAGAAUGUAACAACAACAAUGCAGCAAACAUCCUUUCAAACUUCGAAUCUUGUAAAUGGUACCAGUAUAAGUUUAACUCCCACACUGGAGCUGUGUUCUGCGACAACUCAUCAUGCUGCGAGUAAUAACACUACACCUGUCACUGUUCCCACAACAUCCGAGGCAUCCACAAAUACUCCUCAGCCUCAAAGCAGCAACAACAACCCUAGCCAUACAAUCAGUAAUAAUUCUGUCAAUAGUGAGGAUGAUGAAGUUGGUGCUUUCUUUAAGGCGGUUGCCAUGAAAAUACGUAAUGCCAAAUUAUCACCUGUGGCCUUUACCGAUCUUCAAAUAGAUAUUUUAAAAGUUAUUAAUGGUUCUUUGAGAAAUCAUUAA